AUGGCCCGCGGUUCGUUCGCGCUGCUGGACCUAAUCCGGCCGCUGGCGUCGCUGAUGCCGGCGGUGCGGCGCGCCGACCGGGCGGUGCCGUUCCACCGCCGCGCGCUCUACACGGGCAUCUCCGUGUCCGUCUUCCUGGUGUGCAGCCACCUGCCGCUCUACGGCGUGCGCUACGCGUCCUCCGGCGGCGCCGACCCCUUGUACUGGGUGCGCUCCAUCCUCGCCUCCAACCGCGGCACGCUCAUGGAGCUCGGCGUCGGGCCCGUCGUCACGGCUGGGACGGUGAUGCAGCUCGCCACCGCCUCCAGGCUGCUCCGCGUCGACCACAACGUCCGCGCGGACCGCGAGCUCGCGGACGGCGCGCGCAAGGUGCUCGCCAUGGCCAUCGCGCUCGGGGAGGCCGCCGCGCACGUCCUGCUGGGGGCGUACGGGCCCGUCGGCUCGCUCAACGGCGCGCUCAUCGUCCUCCAGCUCGUCUCCGCCAGCGCCGUCGUCGUCUUCCUAGAGGACCUCUUCGACAAGGGCUACGGCCUGCGGGGGUCCUCCGCCAUCGCCCUGCUCUCCGCCACCAGCACCUGCGGGAAGGUGUUCUGGCAGGCGUUCAGCCCAGUGACGGUGAACACCGGACGGGGCCCGGAGUUCGAGGGCAUCGUCCUCGCCGUGGUCUACCAGGCCGUCGCCCGGGCCGGCAAAGCCCGCGCGCUCGUCGGCACCCUGCUCCGCCGGCACCUCCCUAACGCCGUGAGCCUGCUGGCCACCUGCCUCGUCAUGCUCGCCGCGGUCUUCCUCGAGGGCGUCCAGAUGCUGCUGCCGCUGCAGUCCAGGGACGGGCGAGGGCGGCGGGCCACCUUCCCGAUCAAGCUUCUCUACACGUCCACCAUGCCCAUCGUGCUGCACUCCGCCGCGGUCACCGCCCUUUACCUCGUGUCGCAGCUGCUCCACUACAGCCGAUUCGGCGGCGCCGUGCUCGUCCGCCUGCUCGGCGUCUGGAAGGAGGCCAGCCACGCCGCCGUCCCCGUCGGCGGCCUCGCCUACUACGUCACCCCGCCGUCGAGCGUCGCCGCCGACCCGCUCCACGCGCUCGUCUACACCGUGCUGCUGCUGGCCUCGUGCGCGCUCCUGUCUCAGGCUUGGGUGAUCGCUUCGGAGUCGUCGGCGAGGGACGUCGCCAGGCGGCUCCAGGACCAGCGCCUGGCCUUACCUGGAAGGCGUGACGGCGCCACCCACUCUCUGCUCAGCCGCUACAUCCCCACAGCCGCCGCCCUCGGAGGCCUCUGCGUCGGAGCUCUCACCAUCUUCGCUGACAUGACCGGAGUCAUCGGCACCGGCACUGGAGUCAUGCUCGCCGCCACUGCCGUCUACAACCUCGUCAACUCCGUUGAGAAGGAGGAUUAA